GGGCUGGAGAGCAGUGCUUCUCCCACAGAGGUAAGACCGGAGGAGUGACUUUACCAGAGACACAGAGGAAAGAUUUUAGGAUGCGCCACUCGUGCGAAAAACCCUGCCACUGUCUCCAGCGCGCACAUGAACAACCGAGAGUAAACGGCACUACCCGAAACCAUCGGUAACCUUAUCGUGGACACGUUCAACUUUCAGAUCCUCAUUUUAAAUCUCCGUCAACCGAGGGAUUCAAAGGAGGAGGGGAAGGAUAUCUUGUGUGAAGACCACCAGACUGAAUGCGAUGUUCACGUCUACUCCAGAAAGAAAAAGUGAAGGAGUGAACGCAAGUGGAGAUAAACAAAGUGCCAAAUGUUUUUAAAGAACUGGAUAUGGAAAUUCAACCCUGACAAAAAAACAAUAGUGGACCAUUAAUUUAGUGAGCUUGAAGCGUUUUCAAAUCAAGAAAAUCAAACACACGUUUUACCGCGGACGAAUAUUCUCCGGAGAAAAUCCAUCUGACAGGACUAUUGUUUAAGUAUAUAUGUGCAGUAAAUGGGUAAGUUAGAUUGCAUGGAACAGUUUGCGUAAUUAUUACAUGUUCUCUUUUUGUACCAGCCACUAACAGUGAAACUACUGAUCCUUAAUUCAUUUGUGGACCUGCUUUUACCUUCUCAGUGACUUGCUGUUGGUCCCUGGACGUCAGCUUGGAAACUGUUACUCUAAAGACUUUUCUCUUCUCUGCAAGUGGUCAGAAGCUAGGCUCCUCUCUUUUGAUGUAAUGGAGGGUAAUCACACUUUAACUUAACCUUUUUGUUUGUUGAACUGUGCAUCACUAACUUUUUAGGCUUAAUAAUAAAUGAUUAAUGCAUCCUGUGAGAGAAUAUGUCCAAAAAGGAAGACAAAGACACUAAAGACUCUCUAAAAAAUAAUUUAUAACUUAUUUAAAAUCGGUGGAUAUUUGUUUUACAAUGCUCAGAGAUGCUUAGUUCCUUCUCAAACAUGGAGAAUGUGUCCAUCCCUGGCGUUGCACCGCCAGUCUGCAACGAUUCUGUGGACUUCUACUCCCUCACGUCAGAGAACGGCACUGACCUGAACUGCACUCCUCCGUCUGAGUUUUACUUCUAUGCAGACCUGUACAUCAUUUUACCGGUCAUCUAUUCUGUAAUCUGCGCAGUUGGACUGACAGGCAACACGGCUGUCAUCUAUGUGAUCCUCAAAGCCCCCAAGAUGAAAACAGUAACCAAUAUGUUCAUCCUGAACUUGGCCGUCGCCGAUGAUUUGUUCACUUUGGUGCUACCGAUCAACAUAGCCGAACACUUGCUGCACUACUGGCCUUUUGGUGAGGUUUUGUGCAAAGUCAUCCUUAGCAUAGACCAUUACAACAUCUUCUCCAGUAUCUAUUUCCUGACAGUUAUGAGCAUUGACCGCUACCUGGUCGUGUUGGCCACGGUGAGGUCCAAGCGCAUGCCUUACCGCACCUACCGAGCAGCCAAAAUCAUCUCAUUAUGUGUCUGGAUACUUGUUAUCCUCAUCGUCAUGCCUUUCACUGUUUUUGCUGGCGUGUACAUGAACCCAAAUGAUGGGAGGAAGAGCUGUGUGCUGAGCUUCCCAAGCCCAGAGAGUUUGUGGUUCAAAGCGAGCCGGAUCUACACGCUCAUCCUGGGCUUUGCCAUUCCUGUCUCAACCAUCUGUAUCUUAUAUACCAUGAUGCUCUACAAGCUGAGGAACAUGCGGCUCAACAGCAAUGCCAAGGCGCUGGACAAGGCCAAGAAGAAAGUCACCAUCAUGGUGUUUAUCGUCUUGGCCGUCUGUUUAUUCUGCUGGACGCCGUUCCACCUCAGCACCAUUGUGGCUCUGACAACGGACCUGAGGACCACACCGCUCCUGAUCGGGAUCUCCUAUUUCAUAACCAGCCUGAGCUACGCCAACUCCUGCCUCAACCCAUUCCUCUACGCCUUCCUGGACGACAGCUUCAGGAAAGCCUUCAAGAAAAUGUUGGAAUGUAGACCGGCCUGAACGUACGAUAGUACGACACAUGAAACCAGUCCCAGAGGUCUAGAGAGACUUACUGAGGGAGGACAGACUGUGGUGGUAAAAUUGGAUGGUUAAGAUUUAGGUUCCAAUCUGAAUUGUUAAUGUAUCUGAUAAAGAUUUGAUUUGUUUGGUUUGUUAAAGCUGCACUGCAACUUUACACAUUGUUUGCACAUGCUAGCAAUAGGUAGCUAUCUUUCAUUCAUCUGUAAUAUAUUGAAAAAAACGUGUAGAAAAAUACCUGUAAAUUGCACAAAUCUCAUCUAUAAAUGAUUUAUAUUACAGUAAACCAAAGGGAUAAGAGAGAAAAAAAACAUUUGAGUUAAUCUUCGUCAACACAGAAGGCUGUUAAAAUUCAUCACAUCCUGUGGGCAAAUAUCCCAUUCCUCUGAUGGACAGGAUGCUUUUCUUUGUCACAGCUGGACUGUUCUAUAUUGUUAGAGAAUAUGCCUAGUGCAGCCUCUUGGCUCCGAGAGCUCAAAAAAAAAAGAAACAACAGCUUGUUGUACAGUAACUAUCAGCAGAAUUUCCCAUCAUUGUGUCUGAAGAACUGGCCAUUAAAUCGGAUUGUUUUCCAGUUUGCAGACUGCAAUUAAAAUGUCAGACCUUUUCCACAACAGUAAAAAAAAAAAAGACGUGAUGGGUCACUGCAAACAGUCGUAACCUUGGUCGAAACUGAAGGCCGAGGAGUGCCUCUGAGCGGUGGAACAUUUGCUGUGCGGAGAAAGUACAGUUCAACACACCAUCAUUGAUUUGCAUGCUGUCAAUGAAUUAACCUUAUGAGAAUGGUCAGAGUUGGAGGAUGCAUGCAUGAGGAUUACAGGUGUUUAUCAUGACGCAAACAGGAGGGGAAAAUAGUCCCUUUUAAAAAUCAAAACAAGCGGGAUGACUUGAUAAAAGCCAACACUUGAUCUGCCUUUAAAUGAUUCUAUAUUAUAAACAAAAUCAUCUCAAAGAAACCAAAUGAUACACUUUGUGGAUUACUUUUAGAGUUCUGUUUUUUUGGGUCAGGCUACAGAUUUUCAUUUGCAAAGUAUGACCUGAACAAUUAAAAGGUUCACACAUUGAUGGACUCUUUGAAUGAUGGGCAUUGUUUGGAUGAAAAAGUUUUUCCAGAAUGUAUAUGUACCACUUAAGGGAUGAAAAGGGAACCUGACAACAGUACUGUAUGCGUGAUAUCCGUCAUGGGACAGGAGGGCUAUGUAAAAUGAAAUCUGUGGUUCUCUUCACGUUGUCAUUUUUCGUGACCUUUGGUCGCCCCCUGUUGUCAACAUGGCGAGGUUACCUGAAAAUGCAGCCAGAGCCAUUUAUGGAGGAGUGUGCAUAGACGCUGCUGAGGGGAGUUACACAGUUUCACACUGCUCAUGACAGUGUCCGCAUAAAUAUCAUAAUUUUUCCCUUCACUUCAUGGACAUUUGUGAAUAGUAACUUUUGGUAUCUGACUUAAACCCCAUGCUGAAGUUAAUCCUCAGUUGUAUAUUUUUUAGGAAUAUAUGCAAUCCAAUGAGAUUCACAGUCAUACCGUGCAAACUUAGCAACUAUAUCCAUUUAGCGUUCUUAAAUUACAAUUCAGAGUUUGUCUUGCACUGUUAAAAUCAUGAAAACAGAGAGGAAUAGAAACAAGUACGGCUUAUUUUAGAUUUCACUGUGUUAAAAUAUUAAUCAAAGGAGAUACAUGAAGGUAAAAUGGAAAAGAAAACAACUUGUUUUUGAGAUUGGCAACUGUUUGUCAUCAUGCUAUGUAAUGUGUUUUGAGCCUUCUACAGGUUUUAAAAAGUUGCACACAAAAGAAUGUCAGGCUCAAAUUUACAGGAGGCUUACAAAAGUAAACCGAGAGGUAAAAACGGUUCUGGACAAGAUUUAGAGCCCUAAAUAUAAACAAAUUCCUUUAAUGACAAUUCAAAGCACUUAAUAUGAAUGAUACCAACAUCUAAUCGGCAGUAACAAACACAGUACAUCGUGGUUACCUGCUAGCCAUGUCAACUCUUGAUUUCAACUUUACUUUUACCAUCAUUUUCUUAAAAUCACAAUAAAAGAGUUUUAACAUUUAUGUUUUGUUUGUUCCAACACUUCACUGAUUGUAUGUGAUAAUGUUUUUAAGGCUGUGCCAUUCCAUCUAAGAUAAAUACUCAGAUAUGUGUGAAUGUGAGAAAAAAGCCUAUCAAUUUGGUUUCUUUGGUAAUUUUAGAUCUCUACUAGAUUAAAAAGAAGCGUUCUGAAGCUUCAGCAUACAGUGUUGCAUGACUUAACAGUGCAGAAUAUUACAGUGUGACAACAGAGAGUUUACUUCUUCAAAUGUUUUUGAAUUUUACCGCUAAGCUCUAUUUAUGUUGUAAAUCAUGACACACAAUGCCCAUGUAACUCUUUUCCUCCUCUGGUGGCUAUAAAAUGAGCAAACGGCACUUCCAGCAGCUUAACAAGUGCGUGAUAAAAAUCAGCUUCGUCUGUAUGGCUCUGACUGCAACGACAGAAACAUUUCUAUGUCCUGUUGUAAAUAGGACACUCUUUUUUGCCAUUUAACUGUACAGUCAUAGCAGUGUGUAGUCAAACAUUCUUCAUGAUAAACAUUGUGUGACACAAUUGAAAAACAAUAUGAAAUUAAAAUGUAUUCGGAAUCAUUGUCUUUUAUGCAGCAUGUAAUUUAAAAGUAUGACAUUGCCUUUUAUUUGUUUGUGUAUCUUACAAAUCUUUCCUGUCAUUCUGGUAAUGAAUAAAUAAAUAAACAUAGAAUAUAAUGUUUACAUGUAUUUGGUGGAGGAACCUAGUGUGUAAUGUUACACCAGCCAUACAUUGCGAGCAUACAAAUCACUAGAAUCUAGUGACUUGUAUGCCUUGCACCUAUCUUAUCUGUGAUCAUGUACAGCAGGUCAAACAGAAAUAGAAACCCUUUUUAUUGUCAUAUACAUAUACACAUACACGAAAUUUGACCUCAGCA